AUGGCCUCCAGAUCCCCGACGGUUGUCACUCCGCUGCCUAAAUCCUCGGUCGCGCCCGAGACGCCCCUGGUGAAAGAACCCGCGACCGCGCCGCAACCCGUUCCAUUUCCUCCACCACAAACCUUCGACAUCAUCCCGCCUUUACACGGUCUUCUCCUUCGACUUCUGCCAUCGGAAACAAAUCCUGGAAGAGUCUCUAAUGGGGUAGGGCCCUCUGAAGACCCGACCGGAGCGGCCGGCCCUUCUGCAGCAUCGUCCACACCCGCUGGUGCGGCUCAGUCGCAGCAGCAGUCGCAAUCUGGUCCCGGGAAUGAUGGAGCGUUGCCGUCCGUCUCCUCUGGUGCACCGGUCAGCGCUGCGGCUGCCGCUGAGAUCGCUGCUCUGAGUUCGAACGCGCCUCCGCCAUUGGACAUCAAGAACCUGCCUACCGAAGUCAGCUCGAUCAAGAUUCGCGUCCAGAAAGCGCAGGCGGUCGUGGAAGGACUGCCUGAUGUCGAUCGGUCUGUGGCCGAUCAGGAAGCGGAAAUCGAGGAACUCGAAGAUCGCAUUGCGCGACUCAAAUCUGUCAUCGCUGAUUUUGGCAGGAGAGCCGCUCCUCAACACUCUAAAAAGCCAAAGAACAAAGCACCCUGA